AUGGCUUCACUAGGGGCUGACGAAGGCGAUGCAGUCACAUACGACGAGGGCCCUGAUUUCCAUGAGCUGGAUAAGAACCUGCAGGAGACGUUCCAUAAGUAUCUGGAGCUGCGCGGUAUCACGCCCACGGCCACAAAGCUGUUGCACGAGUACAUGAUCAGCAAGGACAGGCGCGUCUUGCCGAAGACAGCAAGCAAGGACAAGCGGAAUAAUCUCGUGUUUCUGACGAAGCUGUGCAGUUUUCUCAAGAAAGAUUGAUGCUAUCCUCUGCAUAAGAUGAACUCCGAGUAUCAUCUUGUAGACUAGAGUGGUGGUACACAUUCUUACGUGCCUGCUAAUUUAAUAUCCUAUUUUGUAGCUAUGUUAUUUAGUGGCAGUAAGAUGGUAGCAGUACUGAUUAAUAGUUGAAACUAUUUUAGGGUGUCUUGCUCGCUAUUUGACCUGCUCCUGUUGUUCCUUUGUGCUCACUAUGUAAAGAUGGCACCAUGUAGCUUACUUCGAAGCUAACCCUUGUGCUUAUAGUUAUCGGUGUACCAUAUGUUGAGCAAGAGCAGACAUAUUAAGUUAGAAA